GAUUCAAACGCAUACAAGUUUAGACAUCUGCCCGUGCCGCUCGUCCAGUAAAAAAUAAACAAUUCAUUCGCAAAAAUGGCUACGUAAAGAGUAAUAAUACGCAUGCGUGCGGUCUGUCAAAAAUACUUCUAUCAAAACGUGUGUCAUCGUCUUUACGUAUUUUUAUUUGGUAAAAAAUAGUGUUUUUUGUAAAUAUUAAAUAAGUAAUUGGAGUGAUAGUUUUAUUGUAAAGUGUUCGAUAUAAGACUGAUAAAUUAAAUCCUGUAAAAAUGUCGAAAGAUGUGUCGGUUGUUGGUUUAGACGCGAUCCUUCGGGAGUUGGGUGCUUUUGGGAGGUAUAAUAUUAUGAACUAUGCGUUAAUCUUGUUUCCGUGCUACUUGGCGGGAAUGUACGGUGCAAUAUACAUAUUUGAAGCCGGAGACAUUAAUUACAGAUGUGAAGUAAAACAAUGCGAGAGUAUAAAGAACGACAGCUUAUGGUUAGACUAUGCUAUACCUAUAGAGAAGGAGAAAUAUUCGAAAUGUUUCCAAUAUGCAUCUAAAACAAAUAGUUGUACGGCUGAUGGUUUCAAUACUAACUUAAAAGAGAAAUGUUCUUCAUUUGUGUACAGCGAUGAAGACUCGAUUGUGAAAGAUUUCGACCUUGGCUGCCAAAAUUGGAAAAGGACUUUAGUAGGGACUAUCCACAACUCCGGCCUCUUCAUCUCCCUUCCUAUGACUGGAAUCAUUUCAGAUAAAUUUGGAAGGAAAAAGGCUCUGUCAUUUGCAGCUCUUAUGAACUGUAUAUUUGGAUUCUCAAGAUCUUUUUCUACCAAUUAUGUGAUGUUUUUGGUUUUGGAGUUCCUGGAAGCAGGGUUGGGAGCCGGAGCCUAUACAACGUCUUUUGUUAUAGCUAUGGAACUAGUGGGACCUAAAGGAAGAGUGUUUGGUAACACAAUGCUAAACACAUUUUAUGUCUUUGGUUUAAUGUCUCUCGCUGGGUUGUCCUGGAUACUGCAGGACUGGAGGAAACUUCUCAAAAUUAUAUACAUACCAUCUUGCUUCGUAUUUACCUACCUGUGGAUCUUAAAUGAAAGUAUCAGAUGGCUGAUCAGUAAAGGUCGCCAUGAACAGGCUUUGAAAGUCAUCAAAAGGGCAGCUAAAAUGAAUAAUGUUCAAAUAUCAGACCAAACUCUAGCUCCUCUUCAGAAAAUGGAAGAGAAACCAACAGAAGAAAAAACUGAAGUGGGCAGCGAGCCAAAGAAAUCAGUAUUUGUACAAGCGAUGAAAUCAAGUAUUAUUAGAAGGAGAUUGUUGACGUGUUCCUUUUUAUGGAUCACUUGUACGUUUGUGUAUUAUGGGCUGUCAAUUAACUCUGUAUCCCUGGCAGGGAAUAAGUACGUCAACUUUAUGCUCGUCGCCUUCAUUGAAAUUCCAGCCAACUUCACCUGCCUUCUUGUGCUGGAUAAAUUUGGAAGGAAGCGGGUCUUGAUUAUAAUGUACAUAUUAAGUGCCAUUCUUUGUAUCAGCUUAUCAUUCUUGCCUAAAGAUAAAACCUAUUUGUCUUUGGGCUUCUACCUGGCCGGAAAGUUCUCCAUCACGGUGGCUUACAGUUCCGUCUAUAUUUAUGUAUCUGAGGUCUUCCCUACAAAUGUGAGACAAUCGCUUUUAGCCACCUGUUCGUCGACUGGAAGAAUUGGAUCCACAUUAGCACCUUUAACUCCGUUGUUGGCUUUGUACUACGAAAGCUUGCCAUCAAUAUUCUUUGGCACGAUGACCAUCAUCGCUACUAUGCUAGUCUUCACGAUGCCAGAGACCAUCAACAUGCCUCUACCAGACUCCAUCGAGGAAGCCGAGAGGUUAUCUAAAGUCAAACAUCGGAAAACCAAUGCUUAAGUAAAAAGGUUGUGGUUCUAGUAAAUAUUGUUUUAGGCCCUGACCUCACUAGGGCAGAACCGCAGCAGUUAUUUACCGCGUAAUUUUGUUCGAUCAACCGCACUUGCGACUUGGUCCCGUGCCCGUUUAUACACAAUACAAUAAAAUGUUGUUCGGUGAAAAACCGCUGCGAUUUUGAUCUAGUGCGGCCUAAGCCUUACAGUUGAGUACAUGGUAUCAUAUUGGUACCGUUGACUAAUACAGUGGCACAAAUACAAUGGUACCAUUGUGUUAAAGAUACUUGAAAUUUCAAUUGACUUGACUGUAUCUUGAACGUCUAUCACAAAUGUAAAGAUGGUGUAGUUUUUAUACGUAAUUGUAACAUAGAUGGUGUUGUUUUUCAGUAGACAUUAUAAGAGUAUUUAUGUUUAAGUAAGGGAUUGAAUGACGUUUUCACGACAAAAAAAAUAACUUCAAUGUCCACAGUCGAGUAUUUCAAAAUUACACUGGUACAGUUAGUGACUUAGUAAAACUUGGGUUGAUCUUCUAUAAAGGGUUUCGGACCAACAAUCACGGAAAACAGAGAAGAACUUAGCAUAGAUUUGCGACCAUAUCGAUCACUUAAGUCAAUUGAAAUUACGAGUUCUAUAAAAAUAAGUUAAAGUAUGCAAUAAAAUAAUCUUGUGUAUCGUAUCGCUAUGAGAAAGAGGGAGAAUUAAUUCUUAAAGCUAUGAUGCUAUUUACCAAAAAUAUGUAGGUAAGCACAAACCAUCGAUCCGUGUAUUUAUUGAAGUAAAGUUAUUUCAGUGAAAACUUAUAUUCUGUUACUGAGUCUUAGAUAGCAGUAAAAUACAUUAAUUAUAUUUUUUACUUUUAAUUCAAUAAUUAAAAGUAAAAAAUGACAAAAAAUGAGGACAAUUCCUCAUGAAUGUUAUGAUGCACAAAAGUAAUUUUAGCGAUAUAUUUUUACGAAUGAUGUUUAAAAUGGUUUUUUAUUCUAAACAACGUAUGUCAAAAAUUGUAUUUAUUUCGCAUUUAUUUAAGAUAUGUAUAACUGUUUUCCUUUUCUGCUAACAUAGUUCUUCUGUAAAAUAUCAAUAAUUACAUUACAUGAUAAUUAUGAACUUAACCCGACGAGGCAGUCCUCGUUUGCCGAGUGGUGGUUUUUAACUAAACGGGUUUUUAAAAAAAAAUCAGUCUCAGCACGGAGUCUGGAUUUG